AGGCAAGUACUCUUGGAAGAAGAUGCCCGCUUCUUCCUUGUUCAGAGCUCUCCAGGGAGGAGCUCACGACGGAAGAUGGUGGUACUCAACUGUGCACUUGGUAACGACGAUAAUUGGCGCUGGAGUUUUGGGAAUUCCGUCCGCGAUGGUCUACUUGGGAUGGUGGGGAGGAAUGUCGCUGCUGCUCGUCUCCUAUGUCAUCACAUUCUGCACACUGUGGCAAAUGGUUCAGCUCCAUCACUUGGAAGAUGAGAGAAUAGACAGGUUUCCCGACUUGGGAGGAAAAGCAUUCGGUCGGGGUGGCUGGUACUUCGCAUUUGCUCUGCAGAUGAUUCUUCAAGUUUCUGUGAACACCGCUUACUUGGUGACAGGCGGACAUGCGAUCUCUCUGAUCGCAAACGGUGGCCUCAGAGAUUUCCAAGCCAUUCUAGUCUUUGCCGCGACACAACUCGCCGUCUGCCUCAUUCCCAAUUUCUCCUCGUUGACUUGGGUGUCGACGCUCGCCGUGCUCAUGUCCAUCGGGUACACCACCAUCAUCUGGGGAAGCGCCAUCCACCUACAUGAUCGCCGCUCUGCUGCUAUAUCCUACGACAUCCCGAAUAAAAGGAGGGUUUCCAAGACCUUCAAUGCCUUUGGACAGAUUGCUUUCGCGUAUGGAGGCCAGAACGUUGUGCUGGAGAUACAGUCGCUGAUGCGAGCACCGUCGACGAAAGCAAUGUGGCACGGAGUUGUGGCAACUUACGUGAUCGUUGCGUUUUGCUACAUCCCCGUAGCAGUGCUGGGAUACUGGGCAUUUGGCAACUUGUCAUGCUAUGGUAAUGUGCUCCGGCUGCUCCACUCGAGCCAUCUGCCAAGCUGGCCCUUCUACACAGCCAAUUUGUUCUUGGUGCUUCACCUCACUGGUGCUUAUCAGGUUUACGCGCUGCCGGUCUAUGAGAUGCUUCAGCCGCAUUUCUCGAAGAUGAGUCCAUUCAAGCAGUUCCCAGCAUUUGUGUUUGCGCGCUACUCGUACAUUGCUUGUACAUGCUUCGUCGCAGUUCUCUUCCCCUUCUUCAAGAAUAUAAUCGCGCUGGUUGGCGGCCUUGUCAUCGCCCCGUCGUCAUACUUUGUGCCGUGCCUAUUUUGGCUUCGAAUCAAGCGGCCCGAGCCACUCAGCCUUUCCUGGCUCGCAAACAUGGCCUGCAUCGUUCUUGGGGUGACAAUCACGGUUCUGGGCUUUGUUGGGAGCUUGUGGGAGAUCAUUGUAGGAAUGAAGGAAGGGUCGCAAACUCUCUUUCAUUUCGAUCACACGCGAAGUUGCUCGAUCUAAUGCAAGUUGGAGUUCUCAGUCCUUGUUUGACUCCUUGGACUAU